AUGACAUUUUUAUUUGCGUUAACGACGUUAAUAAACAGCAUUGUUGGCAACUGCCCUACUAACGUCCCUAUAGGACCACCAUGUUCAUACGUCGAUCAAUCAACAUAUUGCGACAUCCGUUGCGCCGGUAACCAGCCUUUCGAUAUAAAGGCCACACUAUCCAACCUAAACCGCAGACUGGGUGCCGAUAAAAGGGUAUUUCGACAACUUGACCUAUCCCAACUUGACAGCUUAACAGAGCUGCCGGCCAACGCGUUGGGUGGCCUACAGUUCGAGUACAUCCAACUCUAUUAUACGCGAAGUUUGACGCGUAUACACGUAAAUGCAUUCAACGGCUCAGUGGCAACGAUAAACCGCGUGGAUAUACACCACGUGCCGGUCACCGAACACGUGGCCGGCGACUGGAACCUGUUUGGCGCCAUAUCCACGUUGAAGGGGUUGAAAACGCUCAACUUUUUGAACACCGGCGUAAACAAUCUGCCCUCAAUGGGUUUGAAUGGUCUAAAGAAUUUGUACGAGGUCUAUUUUUUUACCAAUCCCAUUAAGUCAAUUAUGCACAACGCGUUUAACAAUUUGCCCAGUAUGCUAUAUUUGCAAUUUAAGGACAGUAGUCCAAUUGAUAAUGUGGCCGACCGCGCAUUUACUGUUGGCCCCAAAUCUAUACAAUAUCAAUUUAAUAUUGAUUUUCAAACUCAACCGCACACAACGUUCAGUAACCAGGCGUUUGAGUCGAUUGGUUGCCCGACGACUAUAACGUUGGGAACGCAGUCAACGAAAUAUUUGGAUCGCAAUGUAUUUGAAAAGUUUUUGACAGAAAAUGCAAUGAAUAGAGUAAACGAUGAGAGCAUUGAUUGCGCCGAUAGUCGUAACCAAUGGAUUAAAGCGAAAUAUCCGUUGGUUUGGAGAGGGAUUGUCUUCGUGUGA